AUGGAGCUGGAUGUGGUGACGUCAGGGAUGGUGAUCAGCACGUUCCUGUCUGCCCCCAUCAUGUACGUGUCAGCCUGGCUCCUGACCAUCCCCCUGAUGAACCCCAAGCCACUGGUCACUGAGCUGCAGAAUGUCAGCUUCAACAUCAGCAUUGUCAGCCUGGUCGCACUGGUGUGGACCAUCGCUGUCAUUCUCCUCAGUAAGAAGUUCAAGAGGCUCCCACACAUGUUUUCUAUGAACCUCUUCCUGGCACAGUUCCUAGUGUGUGUCGGUAUGAUCCUGUGGAACUUCGUAGUGAAGCAGGAGGACAUCUUGGGACAGGUGUUGACAUUCACACUGCUCUAUGGGUCACUCUACAGCACAUAUGUCUGGACUGGUCUCAUUCCUCUCUGUUUGGUUCUGACCAAGAAGGACAAUUUGCUGAGGAUUCCACCUUGGGUCUUCAUGGUCUUUGGCUGGGGCAUACCGUUCCUCAUCCUUGGAGGUCUGCUCCUGGCAGGAGAGAGGAUGCCUGAUACUAUAGACUCUGCCUUCUUCUAUGGCAGGGCUCAGGUGAGACGAUGCCUGAUACUAUAG